CGACUGACAUUCAGUCAACUGCAGCCAGAGCUAAUCGAAGGAAAAAUGCAAUCCAUUCUCCGACUGCUGGUGCUGUUUGGAUUGAUCUACAGCGCGAUCGGUGCAUCGGGUAUAUUUCAGAAUAUAAACCUAGGUGGCGAAGCAGGAAGAACACGAUCUUCAGGUAGCAACCUUGAUUGGAGCGAUAGUGCUCACAGUUCUGAUGUGGAUAGGACUCUGAAGCUGCUGGAAUCACUGGACAACAGUGGCAAUGAUAGAAAUAAUUGGGCCAACGAUGCCGCGAGGAAUUCUGGAUUCGAUAUCGAUAGAUCCGGAGGUGACUCAAGUGAAGCCGCUCGUGGAUUCCAGUUUAUAAGCACAGGCUGAGCUCUACGAUGCUAAAAUACUCAAUCUAAAUAAAGUAUAUUUUUCUUUCA